GGCCCCUUGAAGGGCAGAUCCUGGACAGAAUGGAGGAACAUACAGAGGCAGGCUCUGAAGUGGGGCUGGGGGCACAUAAGGCCCUAAUCGACAAUCCUGCUGACAUCUUGGUCAUUGCUGCUUAUUUCCUGCUGGUCAUUGGUGUUGGUUUGUGGUCUAUGUGCAGAACCAACAGAGGCACAGUUGGUGGCUACUUCCUGGCAGGACGAAGCAUGGUGUGGUGGCCGGUUGGAGCCUCUCUCUUCGCCAGCAACAUUGGCAGUGGCCACUUUGUGGGUCUGGCAGGGACCGGUGCUGCAAGCGGCUUGGCUGUGGCUGGAUUUGAGUGGAAUGCACUGUUCGUGGUGCUGCUACUCGGCUGGCUCUUUGCUCCUGUGUACCUGACUGCAGGUGUCAUUACAAUGCCACAGUACCUGCGCAAGCGCUUUGGUGGCCAUCGUAUCCGUCUCUACCUGUCUGUGCUCUCACUUUUUUUGUAUAUCUUCACCAAGAUCUCGGUGGACAUGUUCUCUGGGGCAGUAUUCAUCCAGCAGGCUCUGGGUUGGAACAUCUACGCAUCUGUCAUUGCACUCCUGGGCAUCACCAUGAUUUACACCGUGACAGGAGGGCUGGCAGCACUGAUGUACACGGACACUGUGCAGACCUUUGUCAUCCUCGCUGGGGCCUUUAUCCUCACUGGUUACGCUUUCCAUGAGGUGGGCGGGUAUUCUGGUCUCUUCGACAAGUACCUGAAAGCAGUGACAACGCUGACGGUGUCUGAGGAUCCAGCUGUAGGCAAUAUCUCCAGCUCCUGCUACCAACCAAGGCCUGACUCCUACCAUCUGCUCCGGGACCCUGUGACAGGAGACCUGCCAUGGCCUGCACUGCUCCUGGGACUUACCAUUGUCUCUGGCUGGUAUUGGUGCAGCGACCAGGUCAUCGUGCAACGCUGCCUGGCAGGAAAGAACCUGACCCACAUCAAGGCAGGUUGCAUACUGUGUGGCUACCUGAAGCUGAUGCCCAUGUUUCUCAUGGUCAUGCCAGGAAUGAUCAGCCGCAUCCUUUACCCAGAUGAAGUGGCAUGUGUGGUGCCUGAGGUGUGCAAGCGAGUGUGCGGCACCGAGGUGGGCUGUUCAAACAUCGCCUACCCACGGCUUGUUGUAAAGCUCAUGCCCAAUGGUCUGCGUGGCCUCAUGCUGGCAGUUAUGCUUGCUGCCCUCAUGUCUUCACUAGCAUCGAUCUUCAACAGCAGCAGCACACUUUUCACCAUGGACAUCUACACCCGUCUGCGGCCUCGUGCAGGUGAUAGGGAGCUGCUGCUGGUUGGAAGGUGUGGCCCAGGUCCUCCAACCCCUGCUCCACAAAUGAACCUGUGGUGUGGGCACGGAUCAUGGUGGGUCCUAGGUAAACUGAUGAUCUUCAACCGUAGGCUCUGGGUAGUGUUUAUUGUGGCAGUGUCCGUGGCCUGGCUACCAGUCGUGCAGGCAGCACAGGGUGGGCAGCUCUUUGAUUACAUUCAGUCCAUCUCCAGCUACUUGGCACCACCUGUGUCUGCGGUCUUCAUGCUUGCGCUCUUCGUGCCCCGGGUGAACGAGAAGGGUGCCUUCUGGGGACUGAUUGGGGGCCUGCUCAUGGGGCUAGCACGCCUCAUUCCUGAGUUCUCCUUUGGCACGGGCAGCUGUGUGAGACCCUCAGCGUGCCCCGCCCUCAUCUGCCGGGUGCACUACUUGUAUUUUGCCAUCGUGCUCUUUGUCUGCUCUGGAUUCCUCACCCUUGUCAUCUCCCUGUGCACGGCGCCCAUCCCACAGAAGCAUCUUCACCGCCUGGUUUUCAGUCUCCGGCACAGCAAGGAGGCGCGGGAGGACCUGGAUGCCGACGAGCCGGGAGAGCCAACGUCUCCUCCAGUGCAGAAUGGGUGCCAGGAGCUUGCAGGGCAGAUGCAUGCAGUGGAGAUGGAAGAGCCUCAGUCUGCAGCACCAAGUGUGCUCCGCCGGUGCCUGCUCUGGUUCUGUGGAAUGAGCAGGGGUGGGUCAGGAAGCCCUCCACCCCCUACUGAGGAGGAGGUGGCCGCAGCAGCCAGGCAGGUGGAAGACAUCAGUGAGGACCCCAGCUGGGCCCGCGUGGUCAACCUCAAUGCCCUGCUCAUGAUGACUGUGGCCAUGUUCCUCUGGGGCUUUUAUGCAUAAGGUCAAGUGUGCUGGAUGCUAUGAGCUGCAACCAGAGAAUGGCUCAGCCUCACACACAGUGGGGGUGGGAAGCAUGGAAUAGAUUCCACAAAAGGGGAAAAAAAUGAGGCAGAAAGGCAAUAGCUCCCUUUUAUCUGUCUGAGGUCUAGUCUAUCUGACUGGUAGUCACUUCCAAUAAGGUGGUGGCCAAAUAAAAGUUUUCCCCACA